AGCAGAAGCCAGCCAACCACGGGGGCUGUCAAACACCGACACUGUAGAGCAUCACUUCUGCUGUGGGACGCCGGUCAUGUGUUGGAUGGUAGUGGAGUGGAGCAAAGAGAAAACGACAGCUCAGUUUUGUUUUUAGAGAGUGACUUUUCCCCCCUUUCUAAUGUUUUAAUCGCGUUAGUAUGUUUCUUAACUCAUCAAAAUGAGAGACCCGUGGAGAAAGAUAAAGUUGAAUAUCUCUGCUGCGCCAGCCUGUCUGCUGCGAUCGGACAGCAGUCAUGCAUAGUUGGGCUGAAUCUUCUCAGGAUACUCACAGAGUUCCCUGCAGGUUCUCAGUUGAGUCUCAUCUUGAUACUUGCAUCGUUUUCAUCCCAUGCAACCUUUAGCAACAAUGGCGAGGCUGCGGAGGAAGGCUUGCGUUGCCCUGUUCCUUUUCACCCUCUUCAUCUUUGGGACUUUGAUGGGACUGAGGACCCUGAAGCCCACUGAUGGCUUCUCGGACUUGGCUCCUGGCUUGGAGCUCCUUCCGAUCUUAGGAGGGAGGAUGUCCCGAAAAGCCUCUGCGUCCCCCGUUCAAGCUCACCCGCACGGGGACAACUCUAAAGCGGCUCUGUCCUUCUCCGGUCCGUAUGGGACCAUUUUCUAUGACGUUCACAUCUUUUAUUACACUUGGUACGGCAGCCCGCACAUGGACGGGAAAUAUAUCCACUGGGAUCACAUCCUGGUUCCACACUGGGACCCCAAGGUGGCAUCUAGCUACCCGAGAGGAAGACACAUGCCGCCCGAAGACAUCGCCUCCAGUUUUUAUCCGGAGCUGAAUCCGUACAGCUCCCGGGAUCCGGAUGUGUUGGAAUCCCACAUGGAGCAGAUCGGAACCUCCGCAGCAGGGGUUCUGGUGCUGUCUUGGUAUCCUCCUGGCCUUGCUGACGACCACGGGGAACCAGCUGAGGAUUUGGUGCCAGCUGUACUGGAUGCUGCAUACAGACACAACCUGAAGGUUGCAUUUCACAUCCAGCCCUACAGAGGGAGAAAUGACCAGACUGUGCAUGACAACAUCAAGUACAUCAUCGACAGGUAUGGGGACCAUGGGGCUUUCUACAGAUUCACCUCCAGCACUGGGAAGAGCCUUCCGCUCUUCUACAUUUAUGACUCCUAUCUGACUCCAGCGGAGUCCUGGUCUGAAUUUUUGACUCCCACAGGCUCCCACAGUGUUCGUGGCUCUGCCUAUGACUCUAUUUUCAUUGCUUUGAUCGUUGAGGAGCGGCACAAGCAUGACAUUCUCGCGGGCGGCUUCGACGGCAUGUACACUUACUUCGCUUCCAACGGCUUCUCCUUUGGCUCCUCUCACCAAAACUGGAAGGCCAUCAAGGCCUUCUGCGACGGAAACAACCUUCUUUUCAUCCCCAGCGUUGGACCUGGUUACAUCGACACCAGCAUUCGACCUUGGAACAAUCACAACACUCGCAACAGGGUAAAUGGCCGUUACUACGAGACGGCCCUGCAGGCAGCGCUCAGCGUGAGGCCGGAGAUGGUCACCAUCACGUCUUUUAACGAAUGGCAUGAAGGGACGCAGAUAGAGAGGGCCAUGCCUAAGAGAACUGUGACCCGUGUGUACUUAGACUAUCAGCCACAUGGACCGGAACACUAUCUGGAACUGACCCGCCGCUGGGCUGAGCAGUUCAAUAAAGAGAAGCAGCAGUGGCUGAUGUAAGCCAACUUAUUUCAAACAGCUUUCACUAGUAGUGUUUUCAAAAUGACAGCAAAUGCUCCUUCUAGUGACUAAAACAGAGCAUAUUUUAUUGCUAAAUGGCCUAACACUCUGACAUACUACAUGGACCUGAUUUGUUCUCCUGCCUGUUCUCAAACCCAAGAUUUCAAGUUUAUUUACAAGAAAAAGAUCCAUUCAAUUAUCGAUAGCCAUGGCAUUUUUCCCUUCAUCAAUGACAAUACAGGUGUGUU